GCCGCGGCUCGGGCUCAGCGGCGCCAUGAACGCGGACAGCUCGCAGGUCGGGGCGGCGGUGGCGGCUGUGACCGGGGCCGGGACUGUGACGGCGGCGGCGGUGGCGGCUGCGACGACGACGACGGCGGCGGCGGCGGCGGCGGCGACAGGGAGCGGGGGACCGGCGGCAGCUGUUGCUGCCGCUUCUGCAAGCGAGGCAUCCGUGUCAAACGGUGUCUAUAUUCCGUCAGGGAUUGCGAAUGGAGACGUCAAACCCGUGAUCUCGACCACGCCGCUGGCAGACUUUCUCAUGCAACUGGAGGAUUACACACCAACAAUACCUGAUGCUGUGACAGGCUAUUACCUGAACAGGGCAGGGUUCGAGGCUUCUGACCCGCGCAUAAUUCGUCUCAUAUCUUUGGCUGCACAAAAGUUCAUCUCAGAUAUUGCAAACGAUGCCUUGCAGCACUGUAAGAUGAAGGGGACGGCAUCAGGAAGCUCCAGGAACAAGAGUAAGGACAAAAAGUACACACUCACCAUGGAAGACCUGAUCCCUGCUCUCACAGAGUACGGCAUUAACGUGAAGAAGCCACAUUACUUCACAUAAAGGCUCGGUCGGGGGUGACUCUCCCCUCCUUUGACUCUCCUGCCACCCCUCUCUCUCUCUCUCUCUCUCUCUCGCUCAGCGCACUACCGACUGCUCAGUAACACUGGACAUGCGAGGGGCAGCUCUUGAACUCACUGGGCAGACACCCAUCAAACACAACAAAGCAAAAAGGAAUACUCAAAGGAGCCAGACUGUGUGAUAGUUUCUAAGCAGAUUUGUGUUCUGAGACCCUGUAACUUUGGAUUUCUGCCUGUUAUUUCUAUGUGUGGGUGGAUAAGGGGGGUGGGGGUUGGUACGGGUGGGUGGUGUGGGAGUUGGGGUUGAUACGGGGGGGAGGUGGGGUAAUUAUUUUUAAUCUUGGUUGCUACAAAUGCUAGACAAUGUGGAGAAAACAAGUGAUGGUGUGUUCGUGUUAAAACUCACUCAGUCUCACAAUUUGAGCCUCAAAAAAACUCAAACCCCACCACGUAAAAAGGGCGACCGGUUUCCUCUCAAAGAGUCGUCCGGUGCCACUUUUUUUAUUUAAAGUAACUGAUAUUGCUGAUAUCCUUUUUUGUUGUUAACCCUUUAAGGAGCUCAAUUAACACUUUGGUUGGCCUUUUGAAUUGCCCCUCUUUAACCAUAUGGAGGUUAACGAAGGCUUUUGAGCUUUUAUUUUGCCAGGGGGUGGGGGGUUGGGAGUAGUGGGUGGUGGACGGGUAAUGCUGUGUAUGUGCCGGUUGUAUGAGUUUGGUUCCCUCACGAGUCGAGGCUUCUGUUAAAAACUCAUUUAAGAAUUACAGAGCGAUGGCAGGAGUCUGACUUGUGUUUUUUAUUUGUAACUUUACACCAGGUGAAACGUCUCCGUUCGGCAUUCGUCCAUUCGUUGAAUUAAACUGACCCGCUUUGGUUUAACGCAA